AGAAGAGAAUGGCGAAACCAAAAGCAGAGAAAGAAAAAGAAGAAGAAAAGGAUGAUUAGGGUUUGGAAAUUGGUUUUGGUGUUGAGCAUCACUGUAAUUGGGUUUGCGAAUGGACAAGGUGUGCCACCAUGCCUGGGACCGCUAUCUCCAUGCAUUGAUUUCUUGAACUCCACUAAGCCACCACCUCAAACUUGCUGCAAUCCAGUCAAAGAAGUGAACGCAAACCAGAAUUCAUGUUUCUGCGAACUUGCAUUAACUCCUGGAGCACUUGAAGCUUUAGGUACCACUCUCUCUCACGCUAUUCAACUUCUUCAAUCUUGCGGCGUCAACUUCAAACUCACCUCCUGCAAAGCACCUUUCUCUUCGGCUCCGCCUCCAGCAACGGUGGGAGGUGAUGAAGGAGGCACGAGCAGAGCUACGUUCAGUGGACUCUCCUUCGCACUGUUCUUGUGUGUUUACGCUAUGUUUAAUUAGGAGGAUUAAUUUUCGCUUCACAAAACCUUGCUUGGAUUGGAGUUCAUGAUUAAUUUCCAUUCUUCAUCAAUACAAAUCCUGCAAUUACAAUUUCCUUUCUUUCAUGAA